CUCAAGGAUUCCUAUAACAAUCCGAUCCACCAUAAUGGCACGGACACCAGCAGAUCAAUCCAAGAAGUCCUCAAAGAGGAAGAGGUCCUCCAUUGCGCCCUCAGCCGAGGCGCCUGCCGCUGCGCCUGUGGUCGAGGAGAAGGUUGUCGCAGAGGUUGAGACUGAGCCUAAAGUCACCAAGAAGGCCAGGAAGGAGGUUGAUGCGUCUGCUGAUGAGGGGGAUGUGGAUGACGCCAACUCUGUCGAGCCCGCUGAUCCUGAGACUAUUACCGAGGAGACCUCUGACUUGCCCGAAGCCGGUGCCCUCCUCCCUCCUCCCCAGAACGACAAUCCUACCCUCUUCUCCGAGCUCAACCUUUCCCAGAAUACCCUCAAGGCACUCACGGAAGACAUGAAAUUCGAGAAGAUGACCGAUGUCCAGGCUCGUACCAUUCCACCUCUCAUGGCUGGUCGCGACGUCUUGGGUGCCGCGAAGACUGGUUCCGGAAAGACCUUGGCGUUCUUGAUCCCUGCUAUCGAGAUGCUCUACGCACUCAAGUUCAAGCCAAGAAACGGUACUGGUGUUAUUGUCGUUACCCCCACCCGUGAGCUCGCUCUCCAGAUUUUCGGAGUCGCAAAGGACCUCCUUGCGCACCACCACCAGACAUUCGGUAUCUGUAUCGGAGGAGCCAACCGUCGUGCCGAGGCUGAGAAGUUGCAGAAGGGUGUCAACCUCCUCAUCGCUACCCCCGGUCGUCUCCUCGAUCACCUUCAGAACACCAAGGGUUUCGUUUACCGUAACUUGAAGGCCCUCGUUAUCGAUGAGGCUGACCGUAUCUUGGAGAUCGGUUUCGAGGACGAAAUGAAGCAGAUCAUCAAGAUUCUUCCCAACGAGAACCGUCAGUCUAUGCUCUUCUCCGCUACCCAAACUACCAAGGUCGAGGACUUGGCAAGAAUCUCGCUGCGUCCUGGUCCUCUCUACAUUAACGUCGACUCUGGAUCCGAAACCUCAACCGCCAACGGUCUCGAACAGGGUUACGUCGUCUGCCCCUCCGAAUCCCGUUUCCUCCUCCUCUUCUCCUUCCUCAAGCGCAACCUCAAGAAGAAAAUCAUCGUCUUCUUCUCCUCCUGCAACUCCGUCAAAUACCACGCCGAACUUUUAAACUACAUCGACCUCCCCGUCCUCGACUUGCACGGAAAACAGAAGCAGCAGAAACGUACGAACACUUUCUUUGAGUUCUCGAAUGCGGAGAGGGGUGUGUUGAUUUGUACUGAUGUUGCGGCUCGUGGAUUGGAUAUCCCGGCUGUUGACUGGAUUGUGCAGUACGACCCUCCGGAUGAUCCUCGUGAUUACAUUCACCGCGUCGGACGUACCGCUCGUGGUGUCGGCGCUGGCGCAAAGGGCCGUUCCCUCCUCUUCCUCCUUCCCUCCGAACUCGGAUUCUUAAGAUAUCUCAAGGCUGCCAAGGUCCCCCUCAACGAAUUCGCAUUCGAGAAGACCAAGAUUGCAAACGUCCAAUCGCAACUCGAGAAACUCGUCUCCAAGAACUACUACCUCAACAAAUCCGCCAAGGAUGGAUACCGUUCUUACCUCCAAGCCUACGCCUCAUACUCCCUCAAAUCCAUCUUCGAUAUCAACAAGCUCGAUCUCGUUGCUGUUGGUAAGAGUUUCGGUUUCGGAGACGUACCGCCAAAGGUGAACAUCACGAUUGGAGCGAGUGGUAAGACAGAAUCGAAGAGGAGUGUUUCUGGGCGUCCGAGGACUGCGAGGAGAAUUGAGGGUGUUGAUAGGGAUUCGAAGAAGGAGGUUUAUGAGAAGCAGAGAAACGACGUCAGGAGGAGGGAUGGGGAGGGAAAGAGCUGGUCUAAGUAG